UUUCUUUUUCUAUGGAAAUAGAGCCGGGAGGCAAUUUUUUUAAGUGCGUCAGUCUGGCAACUUUCCGCAUUCUCUGCUAACCUCUUCAGAUCUGACUGCUCAAAAAAACGUUCGCUCAGGCGUAAAUUAACCAUGGAAGAAACGUCCCAAAGAGAAAAUGAGCUUGCAAUAUCUUUGGAGGACAGAUAUAUUGGCCUUGUUGUCUUUGAAUCCACACUCUGGGUUUUCCUCGUUGGAUCAGCAGUUUUGGGUAACGCUUUAGUUUGUUUAUCCUUGUACAAGAUCAGAGGAUUUCGCGCGCCUCAAAACUAUUACAUAGCGUGCCUCGCCGCUGCAGACUUGCUGUUCGCCGUCUUGUGUAUGACGUUAUCCCUUGGAGUACUAAUAGAAGGCCAGUGGAUUUUUGGUAAUGCCUUCUGCCAGGCUCAGGGCACUCUUACAUUUGUCUUCGCUCUCGUUUCUCUAUUCACAAUGGCUCUUAUCGCCAUCAAUCGGUUUUUCAAGAUAACGAAGUCUGUAGCUAUUUAUCGGAGAAUUUAUAGCAAGAGGAACAUUUUGCUCUCAAUUCUUGCGGCUUGGAUCGUCGCAAUCGCUUUGGCGACGGCCGUGUUUUCAUUCGGAACCAAAGCAUUUCGCUUUCAUCCUGGAAAAAACCUCUGCUUUGUAAACAUGAAUCACCAUAAGGGCAUCCCAAUAUACACACUUGUGGCCUACGGUGCAGUUUGCUUUUUAGUAUUUCCUUUGAUGUUAUUCUGCUAUUUUAAAGCUUACUGGAGAGUUCGGGCACAUUUUGCCGAAAUUUUGAACUCGAGUCUUGCUCGAGAGGCUUCGGGAUCUUUCGCAGACGAGGCGAGGAUUACUCGGAUGUUGUUCGUUACCCUGAUUGCGUUCCUUGUUUGUUGGACACCAGUCAUCUGCACGGAUGUUUAUGAAGCACUGAGCGGCCCGCGUUCGCUUCCACGACAAGUGUACUUUUGGCAAGUGGUGCUGCUAGCGAGUAACAGUGCUGUCAAUCCAAUCAUUUAUGGACUUAUGCGACGGGAGCUCAGAAUGGCGUAUAAAGACAUAUUGACUUGUAAAGCUUAAAAUCAGUGAGGUCGUCUACUUCCUCCUGUUUACAUAUAAACCAUUGACCUUUCACUCCCAUGACUGACUAAAAAGGAAACUUCUCCAUACAAACCAAUACAUUUUUUAAAAACAAACAGUAAAUUCUCACAUCCUUCAAGCUGAUAUUAUAAGUAAGGCAGACACAAGGGGAAAUGAUAUUGAAAUCUAAGAGGGGGGGAGGGGAGCCAGAAUACUAAUAAUCGUUAAAUGUUAAAUAAUUCCCGCUGUAGUGUUGCCAAACUUUAAUGAUUACUGUAUAAUUUUAUGUUAAAAAGAAAAAGCCGUAGAGCUUAUACAUCAAAUAGUUUGUGGUUGUUUGAUUGGUAAGGCGUUGCCAAAUGUCAUGCCAAGAGAUUAGAGGAAUACAAAUGUUUUCCUGUUUUAUAAGAGAAUCAUUAUUUCAAUACUGAUCCGAUAUCAUUGGGGUCGCCUUACAUAUAUUUCAUUUCCAGCUUUUUGUGUCAGAAAGAGGUUAUU